AUGAGUGUCCUCGAGUGUACUGUUCCCUUCACAGAAGCAGAUGACAAUGUUUCUAAAGCCCUUGGUGAGAUACUUGAAGUGACUGCACGGGCUCUGACACACGGGCCUGCUUCGCUUGUGCCAGUGGGACAGGUACUGACACCACUGAAGAUUGUGAGUGGGACCCCGACUGCUCGAGUGGAAUGUUGCUGUGCAGAACUGGCAAUGGGGCAAGCUUGGGAUACAUUGUUGACAAAUGAGUAUUCCGAACAGAGGUGUGAACAGGCAAGCCGGGUUUUGGACAUACAAACAUAUUUGAUCAAGUCACGCCCCAGCAAAGCUAUUGCCACCUCACAAGGCGCAGAUUCCCCUCAGUCUGGGGAUAGUAGGAUUAAAAAAUGGGGUGUACACCUCUUCUCAUGUUCUGCGUUGAUUCUGCACACCACAAUGAGUGUUCUCGGUCAUACUGUCCCCUUCACAGAAGCAGAUGACAAUGUUUCUAAAGCCCUUGGUGAGAUACUUAAAGUGACUUCACGGGCUGUGACACACGGGCCUGCCUCGCUUGUGCCAGUGGGACAGGUAUUGACACCACUGAAGAUUUACCCCAACUGCUUGGGCAGAAUGUUGCUGCGCAGAACUGGCAAUGGGGCAAGCUUGGGAUACAUUGUUGACAAAUGGGUAUUCCAAACACUAAAACUUGCAGGAGGUCGCGCCCCAGCAAAGCUAUUGGCACCUCAUAAGGCGCAAAUACCUCCCAGUCCAGGAUUAGCAGGGGGAUAUUGA